AUGAGAGGCAUUCCGGCCAAAAUCGGAACACCAUCUCAAGACAUUGUUAUGCUUCCGUGGGCAGAACUAAACAACACAUGGAUCUACGAUGAAAACCCCAACUGCGACUCCUCUAUCAUCUGGAACGACAAGAUCUGUGAGAUCCGUAGGGGAAGUCUUUUUCACGUAGACGAGUCAACAUCCUUCACCAAAGCAGCCGACAUCGUAGCGGCCGGAGGCGCAUCCGAAGAGAUAACCACUGCCGGCACCGAGGCCGGAACGAAAAAGCUCAUUUCGACCGGCGUGGGUGGGGCUGACCGCCUCGACAUCGGAUCCGUGACCCUAAACAAAACACCAAUCGGCAUUCCCAAAUUGAGAUGGGACAAUGGAUACACAAUGCUACACGCUCUCGGCUUAGGUGCCAACUCGACCUAUCUCACCUCUUUGGCGCAGGCUGGUAAACUCGGCUCGAGGGUCUGGUCAAUCUUUUGGGGUCGCAUGUGGACGACCAACAACAACAUUGAUGGCUCCCUCGUUUUGGGUGGCUACGACUCUGAGAAGGUCACCGGGAAGAACUUCACGCAACGUCUCGAUUACAGCGAAGCGACAGGCUGUUGGACGGGUAUGAAGGUUACCCUUACCGAUGUCCAAGUCAACUUUCGAGAUGGUAUCGACAAGAGCAUCAUGCCGGUAAACAACGCCAUCCCAUGCUGCAUCGUGCCCCAUCGGCAUAUGCUUUUGGAAGCGCCAAGCUCCCUCGUGGACACCUUUGAGAAUGUCACGAAUGUUAAGGAUGAUGGUCUCUCGUUCGGCUUACACUGGGGGGCACGAAAGUUCGAUGCAAAGACUGCAUUUGAUGGCGACAUAACUUUCUCUCUCAGUUCUGGGCUGCAAGUCAGAGUGCCAAACAAUCAGUACAUCGUCCCCUUUGUCGAUAUCGACCGAAGCGGAGCCCAAGUCACCGACGACAAAGUGAAGGAGUUGCUCAUCACGGGCCUUUACGACCAGCCCGCGACUCUUGGACGGUACUUUCUCACCUCAGCAUACUUGAUGGUCGACCACGAUGCGGAAACCUUCACUCUAUGGCAAGCAAACCCGACGACCCGAAGCACUCUCGUCAAAGUCGCCAGUGAUAGGUCCGACUGCGGUAAACCUCAGACGUCCAGGGAUGCCAUUAAUCCCACGAGCACUCCAACUAAUGGGUCUGAUGCCGACAGUGAAGCUUCUGGCCUCAGCACUGGAGCCAUUGCCGGCAUAGCCGUUGGAGCAGUUGCAGCACUCGCUAUCGUUGGAUUAGGGGCUUUCUUUUUACUCAGGUCAAAGAAGCGGAAGGCCUCGCAGUCUCAACCCCCUCCUUAUAACACUGAGACACCUGGUCAGAUGGGACAAGUUCAAGAAGCGUGGCCUAAGUACGGUGGACAACAGGAAGUUUCUCAUGAGGUUUAUGGCUCACAGGGUCAACACCGCUUGAGUGAACUCAGGGGCCAGGACAAUUUUGUGUUUGAGAUGGACGGCGGAAACGAUCAGCGAAGGUAG